CUUUUCACUGUCCCUCUAUCAUCAGAGAAUAAUUCUACAGCCCUACAAAAUGAGCUCCUAUCCCCCCGGAGUUCGCGUCGCCCAGGUAGUCGGCUUAACCGGCUCUGCCUGGCUAGCCGGAAACAUAACGGCCCUCAGCGUCAACGUCAUCCCCGCACUCCUAAAAUCCCACCACCAAGACGGCACGCCCCUGCUCACCACCCUCCGCCACUACCGCAACCUGUACGACAACGGACACGCGCAGAACCCGCCCAUCGCGGCCCUCACGGCCUCUGCGUUCGGAUACCUCGCGUAUGCAGUCCACAACGGCACCUCUGUGUCUGCGCUGUCGACGCGCGAGAGCGCCCUCUUGUAUGUGGCUUCGGCGGUGCUGACGAUUGGGAUCGUGCCGUGGACGAUUGUCGCGAUGACGGGGACGAAUCGGAAGUUGUUGGGGAGGGCGGAGGCGGGUGUUACGAUUGAGAAGGGGGACGAGAGGGAGGUGUUGGAGGGUUUGGAGCGCUGGGCGGUGUUGAAUGCUGUUCGGGGGGUUUUCCCACUGCUUGGGGGUGUGGUUGGUGUGGUGGCGGGCAUGGGGUGGCCGGUUCUUGCGUGAUCUGUUUUGGAUUGUUUGUUUGUUUGUUGGA